AUGCGGAGGACCGCUUCACUCUGCAUGGUGGCCGUGGCCCUCCCAUGGGCUGUGGCUCAGUCGACAACCCCCGCGUCCUCGCCCCCAUCAUCACCCUCAUCGUCACCUGCGCUAGCCUCCGCGACCCCUAUUCCUGUGAUCGGCGUCAGGACGGGCAUUGACAAGGUUACAGGGAAACCUCCAGCCAGACUCAAUAUCAAUGGUCUAUGGGCAAAGGGAGGGGCACAAUGGCAUCUCUACAUUCUGGCCCUAUCAGAAUUACAGGCGCUCAACGAGACGAACGAGUUAUCGUACUUCGCGGUAGCAGGUAUUCAUGGUUAUCCCCACAGUGCGUGGAACGGAGUAGGGCAUGUAGAUGGGGCGCCUUCUAAUAGGGGGUUUUGUCCUCAUGGUGAACUUCUUUUUCAAACUUGGCAUAGGCCAUAUGUAGCUCUGUUUGAGCAAAUAUUGGUGGCUCGCGCGGUUGACAUCGCGUCUAGAUACCCCCCAGAUCUGCUUCCCGAGUACAUGGCAGCGGCAGAGUCGUUGCGGCAGCCAUACUGGGACUGGGCGAUGAAUCCAGCGUUGCCUGUAGCAGCUACCAGGCUCAACAUGACGGUGCAGGCACCAGAGGGACGAAGAGUCAUACCGAACCCGCUAUACACUUACAAGUUUCAACGAUUAAAGGUUGAAGAGGGAUUUGGUGAUAGCGCCCUGACACACUACCCGCAGACAAUACGAUGUUCUCGAUCUGGGGGUGUGCUAAAUGAUGCCAACGAGUCUAACGAGGGGUUACUUUUGGCGGCGAGGGAUUUGACAGGGAGUGUGUAUGAUGUCUUUACUCGGGUCAACACCUAUGACGGGAUGAGCAGCUCGAGCUUUGAGAAUGCCCACAACUUGAUUCAUCUUCGUGCAGGGUGCAAUAACGGGACCAUGGCCGAUAUUAACUGGUCGGCCUUUGAGCCGCUGUUUAUGCUACACCACUGCAACGUCGACAGGCUGGUGGCCAUGUGGCAAACAAUUUACUACAACAACUCGAUGUUUACAAGCAGCGCUUUGUCUGGCGGGCAGUUUGGAACUCCUGCCAACACGGUGAUCACGGCUGACAGCCCGCUCAAGCCCUUUUUCCGGGCUCCAUCUGCCGCCACCACCAAUGGCAACAGCACGCUACUAGAGUUCCACACGAGCAACACUGUCGCUAAUGUCAGCGUGUUUGGGUACACGUAUCCGGAACUGCCCGAUUGGAGUCUCCCGGCUGAGGCGAGGGCGGAGCAGGUCAGGGCAAAGGUGAAUGCGCUUUACGGGGACAUGGUUGGGGAUGACGGGGCGACGACGCUGGAGACGGGACCGUUGAACCGGAUGGGCAAGGGGACGACGAGGGAUUAUUGGGUGGUGGAGAUGAGCGUGGAGAGGGGGGAGCUGGCGGGGAGGUUGCCGGCGACGGUGAGUUUGUUUAUCAGGGGGGAGAGCAUUGGACGGAUGACGCUGCUGGGGAUGCCGUGUGAGGGGGUGGCGAGGGAGAGCGUACCGGUGCAGGACAUUAGGGUUGGGAAUGGGACUUUGAAGGAUUUGGACAGGGAGAGUGUGGUUGGGUAUUUGAAGAGGGAGGUGGGAGUUGGGAUUAAGGGGGCGAAUGGGGAGGAGGUUUCGGUGGGGAAUGUGCCUAGUUUGGGGGUUGUGGUGUUGGACAUGGAGUAUGCGCCGCGGACGAAUUUGUCGAGUUUUCCGGUGUUUAAUGGGAAGGUGACGAGGUGGCCUGUGGAGGUGAGGCAGGAUUUGGGGGUGAAUGAGACCAGAAGUUUGAGGCGAGGUGUGGUGCGGUGGAAGUGA